AUGUUUCUCUUCAAGAAGGCACUGCGAGUCUCCAACCGCUCCAUCUUCGUUUUCCUCUUCUUCUUUUCCUUUUCCUCCUCCUGUCUCUAUUUCAUAUAUGUGGCUCCUGGAAUAGCAAACACAUAUUUAUUUAUGGUACAAGCACGAGGUAUAAUGCUGAGAGAAAAUGUAAAAACAAUAGGACAUAUGAUCAGGUUGUACACUAACAAAAAUGCUACAUUAAAUGGCACAGAUUACCCUGAAGGCAACAACACAAGUGAUAACCUUGCUCAGACUGUGAUGUAUCUUCCAGAAAAUUUCACUUACUCUCCUUGCCAACCUUGUCCAGAAAAGUUGCCUUAUAUGAGAGGCUUUAUUGAUGCCAAUAUGAGUGAAAUUAGUUUGGAUGACAUUCAGCAAAUGUUUGCAAAAGAUUUAGACAUUGAACCAGGUGGUCAUUGGAAGCCAAAAGACUGCAAACCACGUUGGAAGGUUGCAAUACUCAUCCCUUUUCGCAAUCGCCGUGAACAUCUUCCAAUAUUUUUCCGACACCUGAUACCAAUGUUGCAAAACCAGAGGCUGGAAUUUGCAUUUUAUGUUGUUGAACAGACUGGAACACAACCCUUUAACCGAGCAAUGCUAUUUAACAUUGGCUUCAAAGAAGCUGUGAGGGAUGGUGAGUGGGACUGUGUAAUCUUUCAUGAUGUGGAUCACUUACCUGAAAAUGAUCGAAAUUAUUAUGGGUGUGGUGAGAUGCCGCGUCACUUUGCCACAAAGCUGGACAAAUACAUGUACAUUCUUCCAUACAAUGAAUUUUUUGGUGGUGUUAGUGGACUAACAGUAGAGCAAUUCAAAAAAAUUAAUGGAUUUCCAAAUGCUUUCUGGGGAUGGGGUGGAGAAGAUGAUGACCUUUGGAACAGGGUUCACUAUGUAGGUUACAAUGUAACAAGACCAGAAGGAGAACUAGGAAAGUAUAAGUCUAUUCCUCAUCACCACAGAGGAGAAGUUCAGUUCUUAGGACGAUACAAGCUGUUAAGAUAUUCCCGAGAACGUCAAUACAUUGAUGGGUUGAAUAAUCUGUUAUAUACACCAACUAUUCUUGUCAGCAAAUUAUAUACAAAUAUAACUGUAAAUCUUGUGCCAGAAUUAGCUCCUGUUCAAGACUACUGA